GGGGCGCACGCGGGCGCGGGACGGGUGGACCCCGCGGGCUCGCGGGCGGGAGCGGCGACCGAGCGCGCCCUGGCUCUGCCUCCCGGGCACUUGCCUGGUCCCCGCGCGCUGCUGGCCGCCGCCGACACACGGUAGCGGGACCCGGUAGCGACACACAGGCGCGUCCCCGUCCCCGAGGGACGCUGCACUCGGAGGCUCCGGCGGGACCGGCCUGAGAGGAAAGGAAACAUUCAAACUGGAAUUUUAAAUCAUUACAAGUCAGUGAUGGAUCACAAGUUGCAGAAUGCAAUCCUGAAUAGAAUUCUUCGAAAGAAUUGCUUUAAAUAACAGAGGAAAGAAAAUUAUCCAUCACUCUAAAACCCUGAUCUAGAAAAACCUAUUGCACAUACUAGGAAGUUAAAACUGGGGAAAUUUAACUGACUCUUAAUGCACCUGAAUCAAAGGAACUGUCGCUUUGUUUCUCAAAGGAAUUUUAUAUCUGAGAUUAUUUUAAUAGCCAAUCAUUUUAUUAGAAUCUUGACAUGAUCAUCAGGAAGGAGAAACAGAACAAUCGGUAAAGCCCGUGUGUUGGUCAAGAUGACUUCUGAAGAAAUGGCAGCUUCUGAUCUCAUACCUGUGACUCAGAGAAAAGUGGUGUCUUCUCAGUCAGCAGCAGAUGAAAGUAGUGAAAAGGCCUCAGGCGUCAGUGUUCCAAAGACACAUACUCCUGGGCAGAGUAGGCCGACUUCUCAUACCAUCUCAAAACUGAACAAACCCAAAGAGGAAACUUCUGGAAGCAACUUGCCUAGGAUUUUCUCAACAACAAGGGGGAAAAUCAUGAGUGAUGAGAACAGUAAUGAAACGUGCUGGGAGAAAAACAUGCCCGAUUCUGUGAAGAACCUUAACGUGAACGGCAACAACAUAUUGGAAAACCGUCAGUGUGGUCUUCCUCAGAGCCAGUUUUACAAAACAUGCGAUUCUGUUGUAGAAGAAGGCCUGCAUUUGGAAACUGGAAUCUCUUCUUCCCUGGAAAGAAAGGUGUUCCCUGGGAUUCAACUGGAACUAGACGGACCUCCCAUGGGCAUUCGUCCCUUAGAAAAUCAAUCAGCAACCAGCAGGGCACACCCUGACAGCGAUUUGGCGGUAUUUCACUUUCAUUAUGAACUUGACAGAAGAAUGUCAGACAGUGUCUGUACCCUAUCAGACAACUUGAUUUUGGAUGAUUGUGGAAACUGUGUAUCACUGCCUGAUGUUGGUAGGGAGCAAAAGAAAAAUUAUAUGGCAUAUACUUGCAAACUGAUGGAAUUGGCAAAAAGCUGUGAUAAUGAGAACAAGCAGCUACAGGGUGAUCAUUGUGACGCCUUGAACGAUGAAUACAUGUGCUGCGAAGCUUCCUGCCGAAAGGCCAGCGUGGUAUGUUCUAGUGACAGCUUCUGCAGGGAGGGUUUUACUGAUAGUCCAUCUGCCGAGACUUUUCUGAGCCAUUUUGAGGACUUCCCUGAUAAUUGUGAAGACGUAGAAGAUUAUUUUAAAAGUAAAAAGGAGCGAUCCACUUUGUUAGUGAGGAGAUUUUGUAAAAAUGACAGAGAAGUUAAGAAAUCUGUGUAUACUGGGACAAGGGCAAUUGUGAGGACUCUGCCUUCUGGUCACAUUGGACUGGCAGCUUGGAGUUACAUUGAUAUGAAGAGAAGUGGAAGCUUGUUGCCUUGUGGGAGAGUAACGGGCCAGCUAUCAACAGUGCUGGUUAGGCAAGAUGGGAGCCCCUGUCUGUCAGAAGCCCAGUGGUAUCCGAUCUACAAUGCAGUGAGAAGGGGAGAAGAAACAGAAGAUACAAUUGGAUCUCUUCUCCAUUUCUUCACAAAGCUCCCAGCCUCUGAGACAGCCUAUGAAAGGAUUAAUGUUGGUCCCUGCUUAAAGCAAUGUGUUCGAGACACCGUAUGUGAGUAUCGUGCCACCCUCCAACGGACCUCCAUAUCUCAGUACAUCACGGGUUCUCUCCUAGAAGCAACCACAUCUUUAGGAGCAAGAAGUGGGCUUCUCAGUACUUUUGGAGGAUCCACCGGACGAAUGAUGCUGAAAGAACGCCAACCGGGCACCUCUAUGGCCAAUUCCAAUGCCCUCCCUUCAAGUUCAGCUGGGAUCAGCAAGGAGCUGAUUGAUCUGCAGCCCCUCAUCCAGUUCCCCGAGGAAGUCGCCAGCAUCCUGAUGGAGCAGGAACAGAAUAUCUACCGAAGGGUCUUGCCGGUUGACUAUCUUUGCUUCUUGACCCAGAACUUGAGCACUCCAGAAUGUCAGAGGUCCCUGCCCUGCCUCAAAGCAUCCAUCUCAGCAUCAAUUCUUAACUCCCAGAACAGAGAGCACAAUGCUCUUGAAGAUCUCGUGAUGAGAUUUAAUGAGGUGAGCUCCUGGGUGACGUGGCUGAUCCUCACAGCCGGCUCCAUGGAGGAGAAGCGGGAAGUCUUCUCAUAUUUGGUGCAUGUGGCCAAAUGCUGCUGGAACAUGGGCAACUACAACACCGUCAUGGAGUUCUUGGCCGGCCUCAGGUCAAGAAAAGUUUUAAAAAUGUGGCAGUUCAUGGACCAGUCUGACCUGGAGACCAUGAGGAGUCUGAAGGAUGCCAUGGCUCAGCACGAAUCCUCCUGCGAGUACAGGAAGGUGGUGACGCGGGCGCUGCACAUCCCGGGCUGCAGGGUGGUCCCGUUCUGCGGGGUGUUUCUGAAGGAGCUCUGUGAAGUGCUGGAUGGCGCCUCCGGCCUCGUGAAGCUCUGCCCCAGAUACAAUUCCCAGGAGGAAACUCUAGAGUUUGUAGCUGACUACAGUGGACAAGAUAAUUUUUUACAACGUGUGGGACAAAAUGGUUUGAAGAAUUCGGAAAAAGAGUCCACCGUCAACAGCAUCUUUCAGAUCAUCAGGAGCUGCAGCCGCAGUCUGGAGGCGGAGGACGAGGACAGCCCCAGUGAGGGGAGCGGCUCUCGGAAAAACUCCCUGAAGGACAAAGCUCCUCGCUGCCAGUUUGUAAUUGGAGAUUUGCUGGACACAGAAAAUGACAUCUUUGAACAGCCCAAAGAGUGGGACCCUCAUGGGUUAGAAGAGCCACAGAAGGCCUUUGACCACGGGAUAGAGCUCAUCCCAUGGUACGUGCUGUCCAUCCGAGCUGACGUGCACCAGUUCCUGCUGCAGGGGGCCACGGUCAUCCACUAUGACCAGGACACGCACCUCUCUGCCCGCUGCUUCCUCCAGCUUCAGCCUGACAAUAGCACCUUGACCUGGAUAAAGCCCACCACAGCCUCCCCAGCUAGUGCAAAAGCAAAACUUGGUAUGCCUACUGCCACGUCCGAGCCUGGCAAAUUCCCAUUACUGGGCAAUGCUGGAUUAAGUGGCCUGGCGGAGGGGGUCUUGGAUUUGUUUUCCGUAAAGGCUGUGUACAUGGGGCACCCUAGCAUUGAUAUACACACUGUGUGUGUUCAGAACAAACUGAGUAGCAUGUUUCUCUCGGAGACUGGUGUGACACUGCUCUAUGGGCUUCAGACCACGGACAAUAGAUUACUGCACUUUGUGGCACCAAAGCACACAGCUAAAAUGCUCUUCAGUGGGUUGUUGGAACUCACUAAAGCUGUGAGAAAGAUGAGGAAGUUCCCUGACCAAAGACAGCAGUGGCUGCGGAAACAGUACGUCAGCCUCUAUCAGCAUACGGUUAUUCUACAGGAGGAUGGACGGUAUGAAGGCCCAACUUUGGCUCACGCUGUGGAGCUGUUUGGUGGCAGACGAUGGAGUACUCGAAACCCCAGCCCUGGGACAUCAGCAAAGAGUGCCGAGAAGCCCAACAUGCAGAGGAACAACACCCUGGGCAUCGGUACUGCCAAGAAGAAGAAGAAAAUCCUUAUGAGGGGUGAGAGUGGAGAGGCCACCGACGACGAGAUGGCCACCCGAAAGGCCAAACUGCACAAAGAGUGUCGAAGCUGGAGUGGCUCUGAUCCUCAGGACAUUAACGAGCAAGAGGAGUCAGAGGCGAAUGCCAUCACAAGCCCGCCUAACCCUCUCCCUUCCAGAAGAGCCCAUUCUCUGACUACGGCUGGGUCCCCCAUCUUGGCUGCCGGGACGUCAUCUCCCAUCAGGCCAGUGUCCUCCCCUGUGCUGUCUUCAAACAAGAGCCCGUCCAGUGCCUGGAGCAGCAGCAGCUGGCACGGCCGCAUCAAAGGAGGAAUGAAAGGCUUCCAGAGCUUCAUGGUUUCCGACAGCAACAUGAGUUUCGUUGAAUUUGUGGAGCUGUUCAAAUCCUUCAGUGUAAGGAGCCGCAAGGACCUGAAGGAUCUCUUCGACCUCUACGCCGUGCCCUGCAACCGGUCGGGCUCCGAGUCGGCCCCGCUCUACACCAACCUAACCAUUGACGAGAACACCAGCGGUCUUCAGCCUGAUCUAGAUUUGUUGACCAGAAAUGUCUCAGAUUUGGGGCUGUUCAUUAAGAGUAAACAGCAGCUGUCAGACAACCAGAGGCAGAUCUCUGACGCCAUUGCUGCUGCAAGCAUCGUGACGAAUGGCACUGGGGUCGAGAGCACAUCCCUGGGCGUGUUUGGGGUCGGCAUACUUCAGCUCAAUGACUUCCUAGUGAACUGCCAGGGAGAACACUGCACUUACGAUGAAAUCCUCAGCAUCAUCCAGAAGUUUGAGCCUAGCAUUAGUAUGUGUCAUCAGGGCCUAAUGUCAUUUGAAGGAUUUGCAAGGUUUCUGAUGGAUAAAGACAACUUUGCUUCAAAAAACGAUGAAUCACAGGAGAACAUUAAAGAAUUACAGCUGUCCCUCUCUUACUAUUACAUUGAAUCUUCACACAAUACCUACCUCACAGGCCAUCAGCUCAAAGGAGAAUCCUCAGUAGAACUCUACAGCCAGGUCCUCCUGCAAGGCUGUAGGAGCGUAGAGUUGGACUGCUGGGACGGAGAUGAUGGGAUGCCCAUCAUUUACCAUGGACAUACACUGACAACCAAGAUCCCCUUCAAGGACGUGAUUGAAGCCAUUGAUCGCAGUGCCUUCAUCAACUCUGACCUGCCAAUCAUCAUAUCAAUUGAGAACCACUGUUCAUUGCCUCAGCAACGAAAAAUGGCAGACAUUUUCAAGACUGUAUUUGGAGAAAAACUGGUGGCUAAGUUCUUAUUUGAAAGUGAUUUCUCAGAUGAUCCAAUGCUUCCUUCCCCUGACCAACUUAGAAGGAAGGUGCUUCUCAAAAAUAAGAAGCUAAAAGCCCACCAGACGCCGGUGGAUAUCUUAAAGCAAAAGGCUCAUCAGUUAGCAUCCAUGCAAGCUCAGGCUUACAAUGGUGGGAAUGUCAACCCCCCACCUACUAAUAAUGAGGAGGAGGAAGAUGAAGAGGACGAGUAUGAUUAUGACUAUGAAUCUCUCUCUGAUGAUAACAUUCUAGAAGACAGACCUGAAAGUAAAUCGUGUAGCGACAAGCUUCAGUUUGAGUAUAAUGAAGAAAUCCCCAAGAGGAUAAAGAAAGCAGAUAACUCUGCUUGCAACAAAGGAAAGGUGUAUGACAUGGAGUUGGGAGAAGAAUUUUAUCUUCCUCAGAAUAAAAAGGAAAGCAGACAGAUUGCACCAGAGCUUUCUGACCUUGUCAUCUAUUGCCAAGCAGUAAAAUUCCCAGGCCUGUCAACUCUAAAUGCAUCUGGCUCUAACAGAGGAAAAGAAAGGAAAAGCAGGAAGUCCAUUUUUGGCAACAAUCCGGGCAGAAUGAGCCCUGGGGAGACGGCCUCACUUAACAAAACAUCUGGAAAAAGUUCCUAUGAAGGAAUGCGACAGGCCUGGGAGGAGUCUUCUUCCCCCCUCAGCCCAGCCACGUCCCUCAGCGCUAUCAUUAGAACUCCCAAAUGUUACCAUAUCUCAUCGCUGAAUGAAAAUGCCGCCAAACGUCUGUGUCGCAGGUAUUCUCAGAAACUGAUCCAGCACACCGCCUGCCAGCUGCUGAGGACUUACCCGGCUGCCACCCGCAUCGACUCCUCCAACCCCAACCCCCUCAUGUUCUGGCUGCACGGGAUACAGCUCGUGGCACUCAACUACCAGACAGAUGAUCUCCCUUUACAUUUAAACGCUGCCAUGUUUGAGGCCAACGGUGGCUGUGGCUAUGUGUUGAAACCCCCAGUUCUGUGGGACAAGAACUGCCCCAUGUAUCAGAAGUUUUCUCCCCUGGAAAGAGACCUGGACAACAUGGAGCCCGCUGUCUACUCUUUGACUAUUGUCUCUGGCCAGAACGUGUGCCCGAGCAACAGCACAGGAAGCCCGUGCAUCGAGGUCGACAUCCUGGGCAUGCCGCUGGACAGCUGCCACUUCCGCACAAAGCCCAUCCACCGGAACACUCUGAACCCCAUGUGGAACGAGCAGUUUUUCUUCCGGGUCCACUUUGAAGACCUCAUAUUUCUUCGUUUUGCAGUUGUGGAAAACAACAGCUCGGCGGUCACUGCUCAGAGGAUCAUCCCGCUCAAGGCUCUAAAGCGAGGAUAUCGACAUCUUCAGCUGCGAAACCUCCACAAUGAAGUCUUGGAAAUCUCUAGUUUAUUCGUAAACAGCAGAAGGAUGGAAGAAGUCUCCUCUGGCAGUUCCAUGCCGGCCUCUUUGAUGUUUAGUACAGAAGAAAGAAAAUGUCUGCAGACUCACAGAGUCACGGUGCAUGGGGUCCCAGGUCCGGAGCCCUUCACUGUUUUCUCUAUAAAUGGAGGCACCAAGGCAAAGCAACUUCUCCAGCAAAUUCUGACCACUGAACAAGACACCAAACCUAUUGCCACAGACUACUUUUUGAUGGAAGAAAAAUAUUUUAUAUCUAAAGAAAAGAAUGAAUGCAGAAAACAGCCGUUCCAGAGGGCCAUUGGUCCCGAGGAAGAGAUCGUGCAGAUUUUAAGCAGCUGGUUUCCAGAAGAGGGCUAUGUUGGCAGGAUUGUCUUAAAAACCCAGCAGGAAAACCUGGAAGAGAAAAGCAUUGUUCAAGAUGACAGGGAGGUGAUCUUGAGCUCGGAGGAGGAGAGUUUCUUUGUCCAAGUGCACGAUGUUUCUCCAGAGCAGCCGCGGACAGUCAUCAAAGCGCCGCGCGUCAGCACCGCACAGGACGUCAUUCAGCAGACCUUAUGCAAAGCCAAGUACUCCUACAGCAUCCUGAGCAACCCCAACCCGAACGACUACGUACUUUUGGAAGAGGUGGUGAAAGACACAGCCAACAAGAAGUCUUCUACCCCCAAGUCCUCCCAGCGGGUCCUUUUGGAUCAGGAGUGUGUGUUUCAAGCCCAAAGCAAGUGGAAAGGAGCAGGAAAAUUCAUCCUUAAGCUAAAGGAGCAGGUGCAGGCAUCCCGAGAAGACAAGAGAAAAGGCAUUUCUUUUGCAAGUGAAUUCAAGAAGUUCACCAAGUCAACUAAACAGCCCCGAGGACUCACAUCACCUUCUCAGGUCUUGGUUUCGGAAAGUGUCCAAAACAAAGAGGAGAGACCUGUGGGUGGCAGCGACACGAUGGACUAUCGACAGUGACCAUGGGCAGCGUGUUUAACCAGGUGAAGACCUUUUGGCAAGAAGUUAAAGUCAAGAAUGAGCGUGGUGGAAAAAUACGUAUUUUCCUUGCUUUCAUUCAACUUAAACUGGAAACUGAUGAUUUCUGGACCGAAGCUUUCAUCACACACGAUGUGAGGUCCACAUGGAGGACAAGCGAAAUGGCACAGGGCUAGCUACCAACCAUUUUCCUGAUGAAUGAAGCAAAGAAGCCCAGGAGAUUGUCCUUUUAUAAAUGUCAACAGUUGUUAAAAAGGAAAAAAAAAGAAAAGAAAUAUGACUAAGCUUGCAAUAACUGACUUAGAACAGGGGUCAG